CGAAUCCCCACCCCAGCGGGGGUGAGCGCGGGCCCUCCCCCCGCAUAUAAGGCGGUGCGGCGCCACUGCAGCUCUGCAGUUCUCACCGAGACCCGUGACCCGGACUCUACGUGAGACCCACCUCCCCGAUUCACCAUGCGCGAGUGCAUCUCUGUCCACGUGGGCCAGGCUGGUGUCCAGAUGGGCAAUGCCUGCUGGGAACUCUACUGCCUGGAGCAUGGGAUCCAGCCUGAUGGGCAGAUGCCCAGUGACAAGACCAUCGGAGGAGGGGACGAUUCUUUCACCACCUUCUUCUGUGAGACGGGGGCUGGGAAGCAUGUGCCCCGGGCUGUGUUUGUGGACCUGGAGCCCACAGUGAUCGACGAGAUCCGCAAUGGCCCCUAUCGGCAGCUCUUCCACCCUGAGCAGCUCAUCACAGGCAAGGAAGACGCAGCCAACAACUACGCCCGCGGCCAUUACACUAUUGGCAAGGAGAUCAUCGACCCAGUGCUGGACCGCAUCCGCAAGCUGUCUGACCAAUGCACAGGCCUCCAGGGCUUCCUCGUCUUCCACAGCUUUGGGGGCGGCACAGGCUCAGGCUUCACGUCGCUGCUCAUGGAGCGGCUGUCUGUGGACUACGGCAAGAAGUCCAAGCUGGAGUUCUCCAUCUACCCGGCGCCGCAGGUGUCCACGGCCGUGGUGGAGCCCUACAACUCCAUCCUGACGACGCACACCACCCUGGAGCACUCGGACUGCGCCUUCAUGGUGGACAACGAGGCCAUCUACGACAUCUGCCGCCGCAACCUGGACAUCGAGCGGCCCACCUACACCAACCUGAACCGACUCAUCAGCCAGAUCGUGUCGUCCAUCACGGCGUCGCUGCGCUUCGACGGCGCCCUCAACGUGGACCUGACCGAGUUCCAGACCAACCUGGUGCCCUACCCGCGCAUCCACUUCCCGCUGGCCACCUAUGCGCCCGUCAUCUCGGCCGAGAAGGCCUACCACGAGCAGCUGUCGGUGGCCGAGAUCACCAACGCCUGCUUCGAGCCCGCCAACCAGAUGGUCAAGUGCGACCCGCGCCACGGCAAGUACAUGGCCUGCUGCCUGCUCUACCGCGGGGACGUGGUGCCCAAGGACGUCAACGCUGCCAUCGCCGCCAUCAAGACCAAGCGCAGCAUCCAGUUUGUCGACUGGUGCCCCACGGGCUUCAAGGUGGGCAUCAACUACCAGCCGCCCACCGUGGUGCCCGGGGGUGACCUGGCCAAGGUGCAGCGGGCCGUGUGCAUGCUCAGCAACACCACGGCCAUCGCCGAGGCCUGGGCCCGCCUGGACCACAAGUUCGACCUCAUGUACGCCAAGCGGGCCUUCGUGCACUGGUACGUGGGCGAGGGCAUGGAGGAGGGAGAGUUCUCUGAGGCCCGCGAGGAUAUGGCCGCCCUGGAGAAGGAUUACGAGGAGGUGGGCAUCGACUCGUAUGAGGACGAGGAUGAGGGAGAAGAAUAGAGCAGCGUCCUGGAGGCCCCCUCACUUAUGUUUGUUGCAAAAAAAAAAAAAAACCCUUUUGAAAUAAACAGUCUCCUUGCACGGUU